CAUUUGGAUAUAUCAGAGCGAGGGGGGAGGUAAAAAAGAUGGCGGCAGCCGUACAGCAGCUGCAUUAGUAGAAGUAGAUAUUAAGCUAAAAAUUAUGCACACACUGACAACUUCAUGUGGAGAAACAAACCCGGGAGAAGAACUCAAGCAUCAUUUCAUUUGAAUAUCUUAAAACAAAGGUAUUACUGGAAGUUUUCUAUGGAAUGGAUCAGCGGAUGAGGGUUUAUUGUAAAGAGGAAUAAAAUGCCCUGGCCCUGAAGUACCAAAGAGGAAGUUAAUUUUUUUUGUGGUGCACCACUGCAGCCACGGUUUGUCGGUCCUGUAAGUGAAUCGCCUUGGAGUCACUGAUGCGCCUCUGAUGUAGCAAGAACAGAGUGCUUGCCAAGAAUCUCUAAACACCUGGGCUUUCUUACUAGUUUUGUACAGAUUUGUACAGGAACGGUCAACUUGCCAAACCAGACAGGCUAUCCCUGUGCUGGGCUUCUUAUGGAGUUGACCCAGCAAAGCAUGGGACUACAUUCACUAGAAUGCCAGAUACCGGGUUUACAUCACCUCUCAGUAUAGGUCUAAGACUGCACCCAACGGGACUCACGACCACAGAUAACUCUUAGUUAACGAGAAAGGACUUUGCUCUUUCCUUUUUUCUUCCUCCAUUUCUUUGCACUGGACCUCUGGGGAAGUGUUGCUACCACUUGCCUUUGACUUAUGCACGAGGAGGAGCACGAGCAGGUGAUGUGUCCCACGUCCCAACUUAGACAACAGCAGCUCAGCACUUUCCCCUCCUCAAUGCCCAUAGUGUUUUUAAAUUGAACUGUAUUCCUGUCACGUCAGGAUACACACACACACACAUCCCCUGUAGCAGGCCGAUCCUGCGGGACCUCCCCUUCCGUAGCAGCAGCAGGAUCUGUAGCGGUGUGUGCGAGUGUCAGUUGGACCCGACGGCUGAAAGAUGAGCGCAGGCGAGCUGCAGCACCUGGACUACCUGACGGAGGGCGAGCUCAUGGGCAUGGACGCCUUCAUCCAUCGCAUCGACUCCACCGAGGUCAUCUACCAGCCGCGCCGCAAGCGGGCCAAGCUUGUGGGCAAGUACCUGAUGGGGGAUCUGCUGGGUGAGGGCUCGUACGGCAAGGUGAAGGAGAUGCUCGACUCGGACACGCUGUGCCGCCGCGCCGUCAAGAUCCUCAAGAAGAAGAAGCUGCGCCGCAUCCCCAACGGAGAGGCCAACGUCAAGAAGGAGAUUCAGCUCCUGCGUAGACUUCAGCACAAAAAUGUGAUCCAGUUGGUGGACGUGUUAUACAAUGAAGAGAAGCAAAAAAUGUAUAUGGUGAUGGAGUAUUGCGUGUGUGGAAUGCAAGAGAUGUUGGACAGUGUUCCGGAGAAGAGGUUUCCAGUGUUCCAAGCUCACGGGUACUUUUGCCAGCUUUUGGAUGGCCUUGAGUAUUUGCACAGCCAGGGAAUCGUUCACAAAGACAUUAAGCCGGGCAAUCUGCUGCUGACCACGGAUGGCGCUCUGAAGAUCUCCGAUCUGGGGGUGGCCGAGGCCCUGCACCCGUUCGCGGAGGACGAUACGUGCCGCACCAGUCAGGGCUCCCCGGCGUUCCAGCCCCCGGAGAUUGCCAAUGGCCUGGACACUUUCUCCGGCUUCAAAGUGGACAUCUGGUCCGCCGGCGUCACACUCUACAACAUAACGACGAGCCUGUACCCGUUUGAGGGGGACAACAUCUAUAAGCUGUUUGAGAACAUUGGGAAGGGCCACUACAGUGUCCCUGAGGAGUGUGGCCCUCUGCUCUCGGACCUGCUGAGAGGAAUGCUGGAAUACGACCCUGAGAAGAGAUUUUCAAUACAGCACAUACGGCAACACAAUUGGGUGCGUAAGAAACACCCUCCGUCAGAGGCUCCGGUGCCCAUCCCCCCCAGCGCGGGUGGGUCUGACCCCUGGAGGAGCAUGAGCGUGGUGCCUUACCUGGAGGACCUCCACGGCUACGCCGACCAGGACGAUGACGACGAGCUCUUUGACGGAGAGGAGGAUGACAUCAUUUACACUCAGGACUUCACAGUACCAGGGCAAGUUGCAGAGGACGGAGACGAGGAGGCGGCGGGUCGAGGCCGGGACUUGUCUAAGGCUGUGUGUGUGAACGGCACGGAGGGGGCGACGCUGAAGCCCAAGACGGAGCGGAGGUCCAGCUCCUCGUCCAAUCCCUCCCGCAAGGGCCUGUCUACGGCCAGCAAGAUCCGCAAGCUCUCCACCUGCAAGCAGCAAUGACCCGCCACACACACCCUGCCUGCCACACACACACACGGCCUCAACACACAACUCCUAUCGGUUUUCUCUCCCGUCUCCACAUGCGUUGGCCUCCCACACCCAGCAGACACGUCUCCCCUCUCAUCCCCAUCGCCACCCUGGACUGCCCUCUCCCCUCUCAUCCCCAUCGCCACCCUGGACAAUGAACCCAAAAUGGAUGCCAGGAAAAAAAAACCUCUUCUCCUUUUUUCUGUCAUUUUCUUUUUGGUUUUGUUUUAAAGAGACUGACCCAAAUGGGAAACUACAAAGAGGAGAUGUGCCUGCCGUACAACCACCCCACCCCCCAACAACAUUGUUUUUUAUCCCCUCUUUCUUUCUCUCUCCUCUUCUUCUCUCUCUUCUGCAACUUCUCGAGACGAUGCGGGUGGACUCUCAACAGCCAGAUUUAGUUGCUAGGUUACCCUUUUUCUUUACAGUAAUUGAAUACAUAGUUAAAGACACUCAGACGUUUUAUUGUGACAUGUUAAGAAUGACAACAACAGUAAUAACUAUUGCUAUAUUGAGUAUGAGAUACAUAUAAAAAAA